CGUUUCCAGUGUGAAGACCGAUUUCAGUUUUUUUUCCGUAAACUCGUGCAAAACUCGAAGAAAAUACAAUUUUUUUUUUGUUUUCAUCUUCCAUUCACUAAGUGCGAGUGAAUGAGCGAGCGCCGUGUUGUAAUCAGCGGAUCAAAAUCAACAACUAUCAGAGGAGCGCAUAGUUCAACUACGCAAAAGAGUCGAGCCUAGUCAUCCAGCCAGGCAGCCAGAAAGCGAAUCGUUAGCCAAUCUUCAAUCAAGAUGAGUCCGCCGGCAUUACUAAGCAAAGACGCGCCCGAUAUUGAGGAUCUGUUGGCGUUGAAUCCGCGCGUUAAGACGCAGUGCAGCGUGGUGCCCACCAAGCAGACCAAGGAGAAUAAGAAGCACUGGAAGCGCAAUGUCGAUCACAUGGCGGUGCCCUGCACCACAUUGGCCAAUAACUUUGAGGACAUUAAGCACACGACAUUGUCGGAGCGCGGCGCUCUGGAGGAGGCAGCCCGCUGUCUUAAGUGCGCCGACGCGCCCUGCCAAAAGUCCUGCCCCACGCAGCUGGACAUCAAGAGCUUCAUUACGUCCAUUGCCAAUAAGAAUUUCUAUGGCGCCGCUAAAGCCAUAUUCUCGGACAACCCGUUGGGCCUGACCUGCGGCAUGGUCUGUCCCACGAGCGAUCUUUGCGUCGGCGGCUGCAACCUGCAAGCCUCUGAGGCGGGCCCCAUCAAUAUUGGCGGCCUGCAGCAGUUCGCCACCGAGGUGUUCAAGCAAAUGGGCGUGCAUCAGCGACGCGCGCCAAAUCUGAAGCCGCUGGCGCAGCCGAACAAGAAAAUUGCUCUGAUCGGCGGCGGACCUGCCUCACUCUCGUGUGCCACAUUCCUGGCCCGAUUGGGCUACAACGACGUUACCAUCUACGAGCGUCGCAGCUAUCUGGGCGGCCUAAGUGCUGCCGAGAUACCACAGUAUCGUCUGCCCAUCGAUGUGGUCAACUUUGAGAUUGAUCUGGUCAAAGAUGUGGGCGUCAAGUUCGAAUUGCAGCGUUCGCUCAGCACCAAGGAUCUGACCAUUGAGGGAUUACUGUCUUCAGGACACGAUGCCAUCUUUGUGGGCAUUGGAUUGCCUGAGCCAAAGAUCGAUCCAAUUUUCAAUGGCUUGAACACUCAGGCGGGCUUCUUCACGUCCAAGAACUUUUUGCCAUUGGUUUCGGACGGCUCGAAGCCAGGUCUGUGCGCCUGCAAAUCGGCCCAGACACUGCCCAAGCUCUAUGGCAAUGUCAUUGUCCUGGGUGCCGGCGACACGGCCUUCGACUGCGCCACCUCGGCGCUGCGCUGUGGUGCGCGUCGUGUGUUCGUUGUCUUCCGAAAGGGCUCGACCGGCAUUCGGGCCGUGCCCGAGGAGGUGGAGCUGGCGCGUGAGGAACGCUGUGAGCUGAUGCCAUACUUGAGUCCGCGCAAGGUCAUUGUCAAGGAUGGCCAGAUCACGGCAAUGGAAUUCUGCCGCACCGAACAGAACGAUAAGGACGAAUGGGUGGAGGAUGAGGAGCAGACCGUACGUCUCAAGGCAAACUUUAUUAUCUCUGCCUUCGGCUCGGGCCUGCAAGAUGCGGACGUUAAGGAGGCGCUAUCGCCGCUAUCAUUCCUCAGCGGAUUACCCGUAGUGGAUCGCCAGACCAUGCAGAGCAGCGUACCAGCGGUCUUUCUGGGCGGUGAUCUGGCCGGCGUGGCCAACACCACCGUGGAGUCGGUGAACGAUGGUAAGGUCGCCGCCUGGAGCAUUCACUGCCACCUGCAGGGUCUGCCCCUGGACACACCCGCCGCACUGCCGCUCUUCUAUACGGACAUCGACAACGUUGACAUAUCCGUCGAGAUGUGCGGCCUGAAGUUUGAGAAUCCCUUCGGCCUGGCCUCGGCACCGCCAACCACCAGCGCAGCGAUGAUACGCCGCAGCUUCGAUCAGGGCUGGGGAUUUGUGGUGACCAAAACGUUCGGCCUCGACAAGGACAUGGUCACCAAUGUCUCGCCACGCAUAGUGCGCGGCACUACCUCCGGCUAUAAGUAUGGGCCGCAGCAGGGCUGCUUCCUCAAUAUUGAGCUGAUAUCGGAGAAGCGAGCCGAAUACUGGCUGCGUUCGAUUGGCGAGCUGAAGCGUGAUUUUCCCAAGAAGAUCAUCAUUGCGAGCAUUAUGUGUGGCUACAAUGAGGCGGACUGGACGGAGCUGGCGGUCAAGGCCGAACAAUCUGGCGCCGAUGCCCUCGAGCUGAAUCUGUCCUGUCCACACGGCAUGGGCGAGAGCGGCAUGGGCUUGGCCUGCGGUCAGGAUCCCAAGCUGGUGGAGGACAUCUCGCGCUGGGUGCGCAAGGCCGUCAAAGUGCCCUUCUUCAUCAAGCUGACGCCAAACAUUACAAACAUUGUGUCCAUUGCUGAGGCAGCGCAUCGCGGCGGCGCCAAUGGUGGCUCGGCCAUCAAUACGGUGCAGGGCCUGAUGAGCCUGAAAGCGGACGCGACAGCCUGGCCAGCGAUUGGCAAAGAGCAGCGCACCACGUACGGCGGUGUCUCCGGCAAUGCUACACGCCCCAUGGCGCUGCGUGCCGUUUCGGAGAUAGCCAAAAAGUUGCCAAAGGAAUUCGCCAUAUUGGGCAUUGGCGGCAUUGAUUCCGGCGAGGUGGCGCUGCAGUUUAUUCAGGCUGGAGCUACGGUAUUGCAGAUCUGCUCAUCCGUACAGAAUCAAGACUUCACGCUCAUCGAAGACUAUUGCACCAGCUUGAAGGCGCUGCUCUAUCUGAAGGCUAAUCCGCCGCCAAAUAAUGGCGCCUUCUGGGAUGGACAAUCGCCGCCAACACCAGUGCAUCAGAAGGGCAAGCCGGUGGUCCACUUGACUGGCAGCGGCAGUCAGACGCUGGGCUUCUUCGGCCCCUAUCAGCAACAGCGCGACAUCAAAUUGGCCGAUUUGCGCAAGGAGAAGGGCGCCCUUUGGGAUGCCGAACGGACUGCCGUUGACAGCUCCAAUGCUGGCGCCGUCAUCAAGCUGGCGCCCAAGAUAGCAGAUGUCAUUGGUGCGGCACUGCCAGGCAUUGUUUCCUACAAGAGUCUUGACAACAAACAGCAGAAGGUGGCUCUCAUCAAUGAUGACAUGUGCAUUAACUGUGGCAAGUGCUAUAUGACGUGUGCUGACUCCGGCUAUCAGGCAAUUGAAUUUGAUAAGGACACGCAUUUGCCGCACGUCAACGACGACUGCACCGGCUGCACGCUCUGCGUCUCCGUCUGUCCCAUUAUCGAUUGCAUUCGCAUGGAACCCAAGAAAAUACCGCACGUUAUCAAGCGAGGAGUCGAGGAGAAGGACAAGACAUUCUACACGCAUGCUCUAAGCCAAUGUCAAUAAUAAUACUAAAGGAAAUAGGAACCAUAUUGAUUUACUAUAAUAGAAUGAGCUAAAAAUUAAUUUUUGUGCUCUAUGACCUUAUAAUUUUUUUUUUAUCAAGUGCCAAUAAAAACUAUGAA